AUGGCGGUAGCUUGGAAUCGAUUAAUUCGUUUUGUUGCAACUGACGGGCGCAUAUUGCGCGGAGAGCCUAUCCUACCUUCUCCUGACUUCGAUCUCGGCAACACGACAGCUGAAACGCAAUUAAAAGCCUUAAUUAUCUCAGGCCAUGAUUUAUAUGAUACUACUGGGGCGACAGAAGUAACAAAUGAGGUCGCCAUCGUAAAAGAGCUUCUGGGACCGUUAGCUCAAACUGAUGUGCCAAUUUUGAGAUGCGUAGGAUUAAACUAUGCGAAACAUAUCAAGGAAGCCAAUCGAUCCGCUCCGCCAUUUCCGUUCAUAUUCUUUAAGCCAAUCACCACCGUCACCGAUCAUAACGUAAAUGUUGUUAUCCCUAAGAUCUGUCAAGACGAUCAAGCAGACUAUGAAGGCGAAUUGUGUAUCGUGAUAGGUCGUGAUGCCAAAGACGUUUCUGAAGCGGAUGCACUGGACUAUGUUGCAGCCUACACAUGCGGAAACGGCAUCUCCUCGAGAAAGCUACAGAGAGACGCUGCAUAUGCAGGACGCAUUCCACAAUGGGGGUUUAGCAAGGGAUUUGAUACUUUUGCGCCGCUAGGCCCUUGCUUGGUGAGUUCAAAGCUGAUUGAUGACCCAGCAAAACUGCACCUGAAGACGACUGUCGACGGUGAGUAG